CAAAAAUGCCUUUGGACUCCGUUGGUCCGGUUUAGCAUCAGCAGCGCAUCGCCUUCUCCCCAGCGAGGUGAAAUACUUGGGACUUUGUAGCCGAGCUCCAAAUGGAUCAUGACUUUGACGGUGACAAGAUGGUGGAUAUGCAGGAGCGCUGCCAGGGACCAGCAGCGCCGCACAGGAGAUCUUGGAGUUGUCGACGCCGCCACUUUCUGUUCGCCGUUCUGGCGCUUUCCACGCUUUCCACGCUUUUGUUUUGCUGCAGCAGAAACUUGGAGGACGUAGCACCCUACAGGACAUCUCAGUUAUGGAUGCGGUACUCUGCAAGCACGUGGUGGACUUCGUGGAAAAGUCUGAUUGGUGACAUCUUCGCCCUUCCGGAGGUUCCUUUCGCAGUUCCUCCAGGCCAGAGUCCGUACAUCGUGGCGUACCCCCAUCCAUAUCGCUUCAUUCUCAAUCAGGCAAAGAAGUGUGAGGAGCAGAAACCUUUUGUGGCCCUGGUGGUUCCUGUGGCGCCGCACAACCGCCAACAUCGCGACAUCAUCCGCCGGACUUGGGGUGGCCAGACGCUGGUGUCGGGCAAGGUGGUGACCCUCUUCUUCCUGCUGGGGCUUGAAGCGCUGCCGCAUAUUGAAGAACUUCUGUGGCAAGAGAGCGCAGAGCACCAGGACCUGAUCCAAAGUGACUUUCAGGACUCCUACAUGAACCUGACCAUCAAAACCAUGGUGAUGCUGGAGUGGCUGGACUCUUACUGCUCGGACGCCUCGUACGCCAUGAAGAUCGACUCUGACAUGUUCCUUAAUGUGCCAAAUCUCAUUCGGAUGUUGUCCGACGCUCCCAAGACCAACUACAUGACUGGACUUGUGGAGAGUGAAGCAGCAGUCCUAAGAGAUCCCACCUCCAAGUGGUAUCUCCCGGUGGAUAUUUACCCAAAAGCGCUGUACCCGAGCUACGCUUUGGGUUUGGGCUACGUCGUGUCCUUGGACCUGCCCAGAAAGCUUGUGGAGGCCUCCAGACACGUCAGAGCCAUUUACAUCGAGGACGUGUACUUGGGCUUGUGCAUGGAGUACCUGAACAUCCCUCCCACACACCCUCCAAAGUGGGGUGACUUCCAGGUUUUACCUGCGCCGUACGAUCGCUGUUUUUAUUCCAGACUAGUUGCCACCACCUUGGACCAAAACACUGAUCGUGUGGGGCUUUGGAAAGACUUGAAUCAGGCCGGGAAGUCCUGCUGAUCUGACCAAGUAUUAUGUUGUCUUUGCAGUUUUUAUGUCACUUGUCCUGUCCUCAGCAGACUUUGGACCAAAGGCCGACUACCCGUCGGACUGGUUGCCUACAACAGGACUACACACCAAAUUGGUUUCCAGAAAGCUAAGGACUAGAUACUGAUACACUGGACAUGGCAAUGUGGAAGUCCAGUCCAGGUCUUUGUCCAUGUCAUGUCAUAAAGGAGUGGUCCAUGACUUAGAGCAGCUAGCACUUCCUCCAGACUGGUAUCGUUCCAGGGAUUAUUCUUGGCCAUCUGGUAUUAUUUCCAUGCCGGAGAGGGGCCAAAAAAGAGAAGUGGCAGAUCAACUGGUCUAAAACAGAGUCUAUUUAAAAGCUAGAGUAUAUUCAUACGUUUUAAGGUGGGAUUUAAAUGCUGCUACUGAGGUAACACCUCUAACUGUUACUGGGAGAACAUUCCAGAGUA